CCUUGCUGGAUACACCCUUGGAAUUCCAGAUAGUAUAAUGGGCAUAACUUUCUUGGCAGCUGGUACAAGCGUGCCUGAUGCUUUUGCCAGUUUAAUCGUCGCCAGACAAGGUCAAGGUGAUAUGGCAGUUUCGAAUAGUCUCGGAAGCAACAUCUUUGAUAUUCUGAUAGGUUUAGCCUUUCCGUGGUUCAUACAAACAGCGUGCAUUGAGCCUGGAUCUAUCGCUGUUAUAAAUAGCAGAGGAAUGGUGUACUCGGUUAUACUACUGUUUCUCACAAUUGUUAUCACAAUUGGUGGAAUAUCAAUGAGCAGAUGGCAACUAACCCCAAGGCUUGGAAUCCUCCUUUUGAGUGUAUACGCCAUUUUUCUCAUCAUAUCUAUUCUACUAGAAUUUAAUUUCCUCGGAUAUGUGAAUCCGCCCAUGUGCCAAGAUUGAGCUUCUCGCCAGCAACCCUAUUAUCCAGCUGUUCCCUAGUCUUGUCACCAUUUGUAAAAUUGUGUUACGGUUACGGUGGGAACGACAUAAUGAAAUGAAUAGCUGGUGUCCCAAAAUGAACGUUUACAUGAACGUGUUAUUGAUGUAUAAAUUCACUUAGUAGUGAAUGUGUGAGAAUGUAGCAUGAUUGACUUCAACUCUGCAGGAAAACCACACUAAAUGUUGAUGAGAAAAUGUCAUUUGCAUUUCAAAGAUGCAAAGGAAUAACCAGACAGUAUUAUUUUAACAGUUUUGAGUUUAUUUUAUGAAAAAAAUACACUCCAGUUUCAGAAAAUAUUUUAAGCCCAGAAAACUUUCAACAGUUUCAGAUAAGCGCUCGGGUGCAUUUAGAAAGCUGAAACUUUUAUGUUUAAAAAAUUUAAUGAACAAUAUUUAAAAAUUUCAGAAAGGAUGGUGGCAAAGCAAAUUAAAAAACAAACUAGUAUUCGAGUCUUCCUUACUCUACCCUGCUGCCAAAUUCUUAAACUGUUAUUUUAACACAAAAGCUAGAAAACAGUGAAGAAUUAAUCGUUUUCUUAAAAAUUAAUAUAUUAAAAAGAAGUUUAAUAACAAACUCCUGUUUUAAAAAAACUUUAAAAUUGAGCUACACUGAAUAAACAAUAAUAAAUAUUUAUAGGAGAUUCUACAAAAUCUCUACAUAUUUGAAUCUGCUUAUAUUCUAUCAAUUUUUUCGCAUUUUUAAAACUUAGCUGUGGUUUAGAAAUCAAGCGCAAAAAGCUCUUUGUAACGAAAGUUUGAAGCGAAAAUUGGCGAGUGAGUGUAUUUUAUUUUUCUAAAUAAUUAGCCAUUAAAAUGAAUUUAAAAUAAGCUUAUAACUCCUAACAUCUCUUCAUAAUAUACUUAAAAUACUUCUAAGCAGCCUUGGAAAUGUGUACACAAAUAAAGGAAACUUUUGAGACCCAGAAAAAAAAAAGGGGGUGAUAGCUAUUUAAUGUGUUUAACUAAAAAUUUUUUAAAAUGUUGCAAAAGGAAAAUAUUCCAAUAAAUCUUUACCCUAUUUAAGUAUACCUAACGCUGAUUAUAUUAUGAUAUUAUAGCGCUGAUUUUUGUUGAUUGACCUCUAAAUUACUAUUUGUUUGGCGUGUUAUUUUUACCUAAAUUAUAAUUAAUUCGUUUAAUAAUCUGUAACUCGAACUUUCAUUCUGGGAUACCAGUCUUUACUACUUUGCAUUCAGUGUAUAACCAAACCAAAGAACAAGGACUGAGAGAUAUUUUAAACUAGUCUUAAAACUAUUGCAUUAGAAUUAUUUCAGAUUUUACGUGUAGUUCCGCUCAUGUAGAAGCUUAAAAUGCACAAAAUGAUUAUGACAUAUCUACAAAACCCUCAUAUCCAUUUCAAGAAUCUUAAAAAUUAAGAACAUUUUUUAAUUAACCUUUUUUGUCUUCUGGAAAGUUGAAAAUUACUAUUUAUUUCCCCAUAUGUAAUUAAUUAUAUUAUUUAAGUAUUUUAUAUGGAGCAAAACUAAUGUAAACAGAAAGUUAGUAGAAAUACUUUUGCCACUAAAAAUAUUGAAUGUUCAUCUAAAACCAUUAUUAUGCUUUUAUUGGUAUAUAUACGAGUAUAACAAGAUUUUUUCUCAAAUAAUUAAUUGACAUAAUAUCGAGUACUUUAUAAAAUAUAAAGAUAUAUUUUCCUUUAAUAAAGGUAGUCACUGGAUAAAUAGAGAAUAUAUAGGUAUGAAUAUAACGGAAUUAAUAUUUUUAUGUGCACUUGUAAAAAAUAUAUAGCUUUGAGAAAGAAUUUAGUGGGUAGCGUUUAGAAAUACAUCAAGAGCUUCAUGUGAAACAAAACAAUGCAUACGAAUUUUCAUAGAAUAUUCUAUGAAAGUAAUAACCAUUUGACAAAAAUUCUAUCAAUUUUACUAGUUCUAAAUUUUAUAAAUUUAAAUACGGAAGGGUAUAAUUAUGGGCUGAUUGUCUAAUUAUAUUAUGCAUUCGUUCUCUGCUUGUUCGCUUUGGAGCUGUUUAGUUCAAAAAAAUCAAAGAAAACUAAAUAAUCAAAUAUUGUUUUGGAUUUCUGUAUAGAAAAUUUUGACAGUCAGCUAUUUUCUAAAUUAAAAUGUAGUCCUACAAUAUGUGCAAGAAUUCCAUGCCCACAGAUACCUUAAUAUGUCAUAUAACAUUAUGAUGUGCCAACACAAUUAUUAGAAAAGUGAAAUGCACUUCUCAGAAAUCCCAAAUGUUCAUAUGUUUCCUUUCGCUGUCCCUGCACAGGCGAAUGAACCUCUUAAAUUUUUGUUGCACAAGAUUCGUGGGUUCAGUUUUUACUAAGCUUCAUAGAAAACAUUUUAGAGUUUAUCAUUUUUAAAUAGUAACGCAGCCAUACAAGCGCUUUGAUGAAACCCCAAAGUACCGUUACCCGAUAUCAUCAGAUCAGGGCUUCAUAGUUGUUAAAGAAAUAAAGCUUAAAGAAUUCUCAGACUCUCGUCUCAACCACCAAUCCGGAAAGACUUUCAUCAGAAGUCGCUGAAUAGGCUAUGCGAAGUGGGCCGGAAUCUAUUGUACUGGAAAUGUUCAAGGUUGCUGUGGUUUGAAAUUAUGAGACGAACCAGUUUCUGAAAAUUUUGUGAUAAUUAAUAUGAGUAAAAAAUCAUUAAAAAAUACAGACCAAACAGAAGCGUUGUUCUCAGACUAGACACGGCAUGAGCUAACAACUUGGGUUAUAAAAGCUUGUACCAGAAUCAUCAGCACAAACGAAAUAUCUAUACUGUCGUCCAUAUAAAAUAUACUAUCCAUAUCGCACUCUAAACAAAACCAAAUUGAUUCUGCUUAUAUAUUUAUUUCUAACGCUUAUGUAUAAAAGCCAGUUUAAAAUACGGAAAUAUUUCCUUAAAUCGUAUUUUGUGUAUUGUAGGAAACAUUAUUAUCAGAACAGCCGGUCACAAAAAAGGGAGAUGUUUGCGUUUAAUAUAUAAAAUUUUGUUGAAAGAUUUUCAGUCAGUUUAAGAAAAAAUGACUUAAAUCACGAAAUUUACACCCUUCUUAACAUACUAACUAGAAGUUCAAUAUACUUCUAAGUGACUUGCUAACUACAUCUUUUUCAAGUUUUCCUUAAACCCACCUGAAUUUUGUUUCAGUGUCUCCAGUCAAUGAAAUACUCUGCUAUUGCUACUGAUGCUCCUGUAAUCUUGAAUAACUGCAUGACUUUCUAACUCCCAAGCGCAUUUUAUUUAAGAAAAAAUUUGAUAGGUAGAUUUCGAAACAGUAACUAGUCAAAUCUUCGGUAAAAAGAGCGGCUGCACAUGCUAAUUCCAAUUGCAAAACAUGUAAUACAUUGAUGAUGUAGUUUCUCUCCUUGGUUUUCUGUCAACAACUUCUUUAAUGGCCAUAGUAAAAUUCUAGCAUAAUUCUGUAUUUAAUGUUUGGUCCUACUGAUAGCAGUCACACUUCGAAGUUACUUUCUUUAUUCUUCAAAAACCUGGAACAAAUAUUAUUCCUGUUGACGCUUAGGUUCUGAAUUCCAUCGACUGUGAGAAACCUCAGUGCAGCCAUUCCGUGGCCUGUUGCUUGAUCGCCAGAUCAUAAUGGUUUAACACUAUAUUUCGACAACAAUGAUGAUUGUUCCAAACACUCAGCACUGGAUCUAUUCUUCAAUCAACACUAGAUUUAUAGUAGCAUUUCCUCUUUGAUACUGAAAUAUUUUGACCGUUAUUUUACUGAUAAUUGUUGACACCGAACAACUUAUGAAUUACACUACCAGUAUCUAUUCUAUAUACCUUUGACGUAUCAGCAAUAGUUUCUGUCAAAAUGCGAUGCUCUGCGAAAAUCAGAUCAUGAACUUGAAUCGCAGUCUAAAGAAUUGACACGUUUCAGGCCUGCCAUAUUUUGUUAAAUCUUCAAUCUUAAGAAUCUCCAAGCUGAAAACGGGCCUAACUCUUCUUCACUAGUAAACACAAUGGAUACUUGGCACAAUGUACGAUGCAGUCAGAAAGUUUUUAUGGAGUUUCCAUUUGUAGAAAUUGGAAUUUCAUGGCACCCAGGAUUUAGAUACUUAUAUAUUCCGUGUUAUAGCUUCAUAUGCUUCCGUCCGUGAUUUAGGACAAAGGAAAAAAAGGGGAAAAUUGUUGAAAGAAUUCUGAAUUUAUUCUAUCGUUCCGGUAAAAUUUUUUGUCAUCUCCUGGGAAGUGGAUGCAAUUGGAAACUUUUCAACAUCACUCCGCUGGUUUUAAACAUUGCAUCUAUGGUCAUUAGAUCGUAAAUAAAAGAAAUUAAUACUGGUAUAGAUAAAUAAACAAAUUUGCCCACGCCGUUCAAAUUUAAAGAAAAUUAUAAGAAAUUAAGAAAGAAGAAUCAUAAUUUUUAUUUCUCCGGUUAUGAAAAACAACAUUAUGUAGAUUCAUUAUUACCACCAGUUUUAGUGAGGCUGCGAGCAAGUGUAGAUUUUAAAUAAAUAUUUAUUAAAUAUAUGAAAGCGUAAUUGAUUUUUUUUAUCCUCAUUGUCAUUUUGUAGUACAAAAUCACCAUAUUCUUUGUCUUUGAUACUUGUAACAGCUAAGCGAUAAUUCCACUUUAUAGGGCUGUGUAGUUUUCUUUUAUUCAACAAUUCUUCAUUCUUGAAGACGAAUCCGGGUAUGCCCACAUAAAAGACUAAAAAGUAGUUAGAGUUAUUAUAAAUAAAUUUAGAAUUUUUUCGCAUAUUUAAAACAACAAACUGGAGAAUGAGUCAUUUGUGUUGUGUAGGAAACGGCCAACUACUGAUCCACGAUACUUCAGACAAAUUAUUGUAAAUAAAAAAUCUUAAAAAUAUUAUUUACUAGUUUAAAAUAUAUUUACUGGUUGAAUUGUGAUCGUCAUACUUGAAAAUGUAUGACGUGCGAGACUGCGUAUCGGAAAUUCUAAAAAACCGCUCUUUUUAAAUAUUUUGUGAUAUUGCUGUUGAAUUGAAUUUCCUGGUUUAAGUGCUAAGAACAUGAUAUCUAAUAAGUAAAGGUAAUU